AUGUCUCGAGAAACUGGAAGUGAAGCGCAGCAGUCUCAAGGUGCUGAACAGUCACAGAGUGGUACCAGUUCCUCUUCCAGUGGGUCACAGAGUACUAGUCAGUCUUCCUCAAGUUCUGGGACCCUCAGUUCUUUGGACACUGUUCCCACUCAGGAGCUUCCAUCCAUCCCUGAGGACCAGGAAUCUGAAGAGCUUGUUUCUCAGCCUUGGGGCCGACUCUUUGCACUUGGAAAAGGCUUCAGCAAUUGUGACUGCGUGAAUGAUGAAUACUGGUUUGGAAGAGACAAAAGCUGUGAUUAUAGUUUUUCUAAGUUAGGAUUGUCUGAGACUGGCUUCUACCAAAACUAUAGCAAGAAGCAUUUCCGAAUUUUCAGGGAAAUGGGUCCAAAAAAUUCUUACGUUGCCUACAUUGAAGACCACAGUGCAAACGGAACUUUUGUUAAUAGAGAGCUCGUUGGAAAAGGGAAGAGGCUUCCACUGACUCACAACUCUGAAAUUGCACUGUCUAUACAGACUAAUAAGGUGUUUGUAUUUUCUGAUCUUAUGGUGGACGAUCAGUUGGUGUUUCCUAGAGAAUUCAGAGAGAAAUAUAUCAUGUCAAAGACUUUGGGAAGUGGUGCCUGUGGAGAAGUCAAACUGGCAUUUGAGAAGAGCACUUGUAACAAAGUUGCGGUAAAGAUAAUCAAUAAACAGAAGUUUAUGGCAAGUGGUAUUAGAGAGGCAAACCCAGCUUUUAAUAUCAAUACAGAAAUUGAAAUUUUGAAGAAAAUAGAUCAUCCUUGCUUAAUCAAGAUUAAAAACUUCUUUGAAGCAGAGGAUUACUACAUUGUUUUGGAACUGAUGGAAGGAGGAGAAUUGUACGAUAGAGUGUCAAGGCCAAUCAAGAUGAAAGAAGCUACCUGCAAGUUGUAUUUUUAUCAGAUGUUGCUGGCUGUAAAGAUUACAGAUUUUGGACAAUCCAAGAUUCUUGGAGAAAAUUCUCUUAUGAAAACAUUAUGUGGUACUCCCACGUAUCUUGCUCCUGAGGUUCUAAAUUCACUUGGGACUGCUGGAUACAGCCGAGCUGUGGACUGCUGGAGUUUAGGAGUUAUUCUUUUUGUAUGUUUGUGUGGCUAUCCACCAUUUAAUGAGCAAAAUACACAAUUAUCUCUGAAAGAUCAAAUCACUCGUGGAGAAUACACGUUCAUUUCAAAAGAAUGGAAGCAUGUAUCAGACAUGGCUCUGGAUCUUGUGAAGAAGCUGUUAGUAGUGGAUCCAAGCAAACGUCUUACAACAGAGGAAGCCUUAGAGCACCCUUGGCUUCAG